AAACCGUCCUCAAAACUCCGCUGCAGAAACCAUCACAGGAUGUUCCAUUUUAAAUUCCUCGCUUUGAUUGCGCCCGGCAGCCGUGUGGGCCAAUGCCCUCUGUCCUUUCCUUCCAAUUGUCCCUAACAUUCUUUUCUUGACACUGCAGUGUCAGUGUAUUGUAGAUCAUUCCCUCGGACUCUCACCCUCGGUCUCUCAACCCCCCUCCCCCCCGGGACGGGAUGCAGCCGUCGCUACCUUUCCUCCGGCACGCUGCCCGCCCCGCCAUCCGUCAUCUGGUGUUGCCUGCUCCGUUACCGACUGCAUGCAGCCGCUUCCUCUCACCCUCUCUGACAGGCACUAUUAGCCAACAUUCUUUCUCGCUACAACAACCCCCUUCCUUCCGACGUCCGUCAGCCAUCCGCACAAUGGCCUCCGGCUGCGCGGCCUCGGCCUCACGAGGGAACGGCCUCGAGAAGCUCCCCAACUCGUCGAUCCGCGUCUUGCGCACGGUCUCGGCCGUCCGCCGGUGGCGCCGCCCGCACCUCCUCGACCAGCGCUCCGUCGCCCUCGUCCCCACCAUGGGCGCCCUGCACGAGGGCCACCUCUCGCUGAUCCGCGCCGCCGCCCGCGAGAACCACCACGUCGUCGUCUCCCUGUACGUCAAUCCGGCCCAGUUCGGCGUGCGCGAGGACCUGGCCAGCUACCCGGUCACCUGGGACGCCGACGCUGAAGCCCUGGUCCGGCUGGACCGCGAGCUCGCCGACGAUGGUCACAACCUGGGCCGCAUCAGUGCCGUCUUCGCUCCGACGACCGCCGAGAUGUACCCCGGCGGGUUCCCCGGCCAGGAGGUGGACAGCAAAGGCAGCUUCGUCACCAUCACGCCCGUGGGCGAGCUGCUCGAGGGCCGGUCGCGGCCGACCUUCUUCCGCGGCGUGGCCACCGUCUGCAUGAAGCUGUUCAACAUCGUGCAGCCGGAGCGCGUCUACUUUGGGCAGAAGGACGUGCAGCAAACCGUGGUCAUCAAGAGGCUGGUGCGCGAUUUCAUGCUGCCCAUCGAGGUCGUCGUGUGCCCGACCGCGAGAGCCGAGGAGGACGGGCUUGCGCUGAGUUCCAGGAAUGUCUAUCUGGGGCCAAGGAGAAGGGCGGUGGCGCCCGUGCUCUACAAUGCCCUGAGGGCCGCCGAGGACGCCUAUACGGGCGGUGCCAGGGACCGGGCGACGGUCCUCGGUGCGGCCGAGAGCCUUGCGGCGCGCGUACUGGCGGAACAGACGGCGCUGGGCCCAGAGAAGAGGGUGCGCUUCGAGGUCGACUACCUCUCCCUCGCCGACCCCGACACCAUGGAGGAGCUGGAAGUCGUCGAUCCCGCAAAGGGAGGCAUUCUGAGCGGCGCGGUCAAGAUGCUGCCCGUCGAGGCCCCUGGGGAGGGUGAAGAUCUCGGCCAUAGCGGGGGCCCGCCCGUCAGGUUGAUCGACAACAUCAUCCUUCCGGGCAUCGAGACAAAGUCCGACUGAGGCACAUUAAUUUAGCCAUUAUUAUGGCAUUGGUCCGGCAUUGCUCUGCGCGCUCUUUUUUUAAUAUUUGUUUUUUUUAUAAUUUUUAGAGGGCAUAGUUGCGAGCCCAUGAAAGUCGUUAAAUGAGAAGAGUAGUAGCCACGUGCUAACGGUUUGGAUAUAGAAAGGCUCCUACUUCUAGAUAGAUGUGUAUAUCCUAGGUGGAAACUUAAAGGGUACAUGCAUACUGCUUAUUGUCGCGAAGUUUCCACUGGCGCUGGCGCUGGGUUCUGCGCUUGACUGGGCCAAGUUGGACUAGGAUUGAAACAAAACGCCACUCAAGACAAGUGCCG